AUGGGCAACCGGCAACUCGGAAUUAUGAAAAAGAAAAGAUCCGUUGCUACGGAAUUAGUUCAACGUGCUUCAUCUAUAUUACCAGCAUUUACUGAUAUAUUUGAUGAAGAAACAUUUUAUAUAUUUUUUACUUGUCUUGUUAUAUUAUCAUUUAUAAUAGCAUUUAGUAUAGCUUGGUAUUUUGAUGUAACAAUUAAAGAUGCAGAUAAUUUAAAUGUAUCUAAACGACAAAAAUUUAAACGACACUAUUCAACUAAUCAACAAAAAUAA